AAAACAACAGAUUCUGUUAGUUUUAAUUAAUUGUUUUAUAUUUAUUAUUGAAGAUAUCAUUUAAUUGCCCAAAGAAGACAUAAAAGGAGCGCCAAUUGCCACCAUGUCUUCAAUAAUUGAGCUGAUUAUGGAUGAGCCAGACCACCUUAAAUGUCUGUUUGUGAACACAUUAAACUCUUCAGACAAAUGUAAUUUUACACAAAGUAUCGAUGAUUGUGGGUAUGAUGGUAUGAUUUAUGAUUUCACACAUUUGGUGUAUUGUGAUAUCGGUGAUGAAUACCGGGCCGCUUCUCUCGUCGUACUCUUUGCCAUCUUAUUAUUCCUCUUCCUAUCGAUGGGUGUAGUGGCCGACGAGUUUUUAUGCCCGGCUUUACUCACGAUAUCUAAAACACUACGAUUGCCCGAUAACAUUGCCGGUGUUACAUUCUUGGCCUUUGGAAAUGGAUCCCCGGAUAUAUUCUCGGCCCUCAGUGGUGUCUCACAAGAUAAACCGCAGCUUAUAUUCUCCGGUCUUUUCGGGGCCGGCAUAUUUGUGACCACUGUUGUGGUCGGUAGUGUACUACUGACCGGUCAGUUUGAAGUUAUGCAACGGCCAUUAAUGCGUGACAUUGCAUUUUAUGUGGGUGCCACUUUUAUGGUCUGGUUUAUCUUAUGGAGGACUAGGAUUUAUCUCAAGAAUGCAAUCGCGUUGGUGGCCGUAUAUGUGUGUUAUAUCGCAGUCGUGAUAAUCGGCCGAUACUUUUAUUUGAAGACCAAGAAAGCCAAAGACGCGCAGAAAAGCGAGACAUCGUCUGUGGAUUCAACGGAUGUCAGUGUCAUUUCGGACAGUAUUGAUAGGAAUAGUAAGAGUAGUCCCGAUCCCGAAGCUUUUGAUGGAAAUAUAACCUUUAAGAGUAAGAGCAAUAAAAAUUUGACGACAAAACGGCAAACAUCGCGGUCACUGAGCGAGGAACAGGAUAUUGUCUUAACCCGCUUCUACCGAAGGGGCACUUUGAGGACACCUCGACACAGCCGGGCCAACUCAUUUGUCAAGAAGUUAACCCGACACCAUCACGACAAUGUGCUGGCUGUCAUUGAACGCAAUUAUGACGACCAGUAUAACAAAGUGCUGGACAAACGU